GGACUCUUGCGAAGGAGUGGCGCCUUGGGUGCUUUAGAAAGCCUUCCUCCGCCAAGCGCAAAAAAUAUUUGGGUUCACUGCUGACUCACUGAAGAAAUCAUGACUGUUGCCCUCAUGCUCCACGGCUGUUCCGCAGUCCCCCGGUAGCUCCACACCCUUCACACCUUUCUGCUUUACUGGUUAGAAAUCUGAAACAAUGGGUGACUGGAGCUUUCUGGGGAGACUGCUAGAGAACGCGCAGGAGCACUCCACGGUUAUUGGCAAGGUUUGGCUGACAGUACUGUUUAUCUUCAGGAUCCUGGUGCUGGGGGCUGCUGCUGAGGAGGUCUGGGGAGACGAGCAGUCGGACUUUACAUGCAACACUCAGCAACCCGGUUGCGAAAAUGUUUGCUAUGACAAAGCCUUCCCCAUUUCUCACAUCCGCUUCUGGGUGCUGCAGAUCAUUUUUGUCUCCACUCCUACCCUCAUCUACCUGGGCCAUGUCCUGCACAUUGUACGCAUGGAGGAGAAGAGGAAAGAGAAAGAGGAGCUGAAAAAGAAGGGAAGCAGCAAAGAUGGCAACUACCCAGUAGCAGCAGCAUCUGGCGGAGGUGGUGGAGGAGGCAGCAAUAACGUCAAAGAUCAACCUAUUGUCAAAAGGGGGAAAGAGAAGCCCCCAAUCCGUGAUGAACGUGGUAGAAUCCGUAUGGGGGGUGCCUUGCUCCGUACCUAUGUCUUCAAUAUCAUAUUCAAGACACUGUUCGAGGUGGGCUUCAUUGUGGGCCAGUACUUCCUAUAUGGCUUCGAGCUAAAGCCAGUCUACCAGUGCAGCCGCUCGCCUUGUCCACACACUGUGGACUGCUUCAUCUCGAGGCCCACUGAGAAGACCAUCUUCAUCAUCUUCAUGCUGGUGGUGGCCUCAGUCUCCCUGCUGCUGAACAUGCUCGAGAUAUAUCACUUGGGGUGGAAGAAGCUUAAGCAGGGCAUGACAAGCCAGUACAUCCUAGAGAUGCCUGUCGCAACAAUGACGCCGGUUAUGGUAACAGGGGAGUCCAAACCUGUGUCCCUGCCGCCACCAGCACCCCCUGUGGUGGUCACGGCUGCCACGCCGGCCCCUGUUCUGCCUGACACCCGUGCUGUCACCCCGCUGCUGGCCCCAGUGACCAUGGCAUCGUACUACGCCACAGCUGCUCCGAGACCACGGCCCCCCUCCAACACGACGUCCAUGGCGAGCUACCCUGCUGCUCCACAAGUUCCUGAGGAGAGGCACCGUGCCGUGACUCCCACUCCCAUCUCCACGCCCGUCACCAUCCCGACCCCCAUCCCCACGCCCACGCCAGCCGUCAUCAACUACUUCAACAGCAGCAGCCGUGCCCAGCCAUCCGAGCAGAACUGGGUCAACAUGGCAGCGGAGCACCAGGGCAAGGUUUCCUCCAGCUCCGCAGGCUCCUCUACCCCCAGCAGCGUCCGGCAUCCCCUUCCUGAGCAGGAAGAGCCCCUGGAGCAGCUACUCCCACCCCCGGCCGUGCUGCCCAUCGCCGCGGCCAACAGCGGCAGCAGCACCAGCCUGAGCGGGGCGAGCGGCGGCAAGUGGGAUGUGGAGGGCGAGGCGGAGCUGUCGGGGGCUCGGCCCGUCUCGGCUGCCUGCACCACGGUGGAGAUGCACGAGCCCCCGCUGCUCGUAGACACGCGGCGCUUGAGCAGGGCCAGUAAGUCGAGCAGCUGCAGAGCCCGGUCCGACGACCUGGCCGUGUGAGGCGGGCGGCCGCGCUCGGGGCAGCAGGUGCUGCGAGGAAGGCGCGGUGGGCAGGGGAGCUGCCCGGGGAGGCCAGGCCUGGCGUGGGUGAGAAGGCCUGGGCUUCAGACUUAGACGCUUGCUGUUUUUGCACUCUGUGAGUUGUAGUGGGGGAAAUUAUCAACAUUUUCUAAUAGGUCAGGGGUGACCGAAGCGCAGCCCGUGGGCCGGGGGACCAGUCCCGCUUUCCUUCAUGUUCACGGCAGAUCUCGAGGGCAGCCGCAGGGGAGGCCUGCACAGAUAUCGGGGCAGUGGUAGCUGAUACGUGCCCCGAGGCCGACUUUCAUCCGAGAAAAGUGCUAAUAUCCCUAGUGCCCAUGCACCUGGCUGGCAUCUCUCUCCUGCCCUUGCCUUCACUUCAGCUCUUUCCCGGAAUCUUUACAUGAGCAGAUGCAAUUACUUCCUUUCUUCCUCUUGAAUCCUGCAUAGCCCUAUGGCAAACAUCAGGGUGGUGUAUUGCCAGCUGGUACCUGUUGUGUCUACGGACCAACUUGCCUUAUUGAAGGUAACUCAGUUUAUUCCAUAUUACAUGACUUAAUGAAGCCUUUGUGUUCAUGGCAAGUCAUCCAUGCGGUCCUUGGCCAGGCAAAGUUUAGGAAACCCCUGGAAUAGAUUUUUGAAGUUCUUCUUUCCAUAAUUUUUUUUUUUUUUUACUCUUGACCUGUUAGGAAGUGUUCGGUUUGACCUUCUAUCCAGUGUUUGCCAACCAUGAUCACACCAUGUUUAUAAGCCUGCAAAUAUGUUUGAGCAUGUUUGACUAUAAUUUUAGCUGACUUCUUAAAUUGCUUACAGGAGGACAGGAAUUCAAACCACACCUCAGAAAUUAUUGCACAGAACAAUUUCUCUUCAGAAAGCAAGGAUUAUAAUUUCAAUACACUGUGGCCCCAUACAUUGCCUGUGGACAAACAGUUAGG